GAUGUGAAAUAUGUACUGAAGGGUCAGGCGAUAACCUUGGGACCUUCAAGUUAUCGACAGCCAACUAGAAUAUACUGGACACGUCAUGUCUACGACAUUGUAUCUUUUGAUGGCACCAUGGAGACUGUGGCCCCUACAUACGAGAACAGAAUCCUUCUGGACAGGAACUCUGCAGUACUCACCAUCAAACAGGCCACUUAUGAAGACAGUGGAAACUAUGACCAGGAAAUCACAGUCAACAAGAAGGUCUAUCACAAUGCGUAUAAAAUUGAGGUUAUAGACAAAGUAUCCAAACCCAACAUACGUUGUGAGAUGAUUGACACAUACCAGGCAACGCUCGUGUGCUCAACAGAGUCCAAACAUUCUCCUUUAUUAAAGUUUAAGUGGAGAUCAGGUGGAAAUGAGCAAAUUGGACCAAAUGUAACAAUAACUCUCAGAAAGGUUCCUAAUCAUCAAGUUUAUAUUUGUGAGGUCAGCAACCCUCUGACCAAUGAAAUGGCUACAUUCACUGCUAAGGACUGCUUAUCUGCCAAAUUAACUGUUGUUGAAAUUGUUGUCAUCAUCACUUCCAUUGUGCUUAUUGGUUUCUGCAUCUUUUUGGGAUUCUACAUAAAACGUCAAGAACGUGAAAGAGAGCAACAUAGAAGACAAGGUAAGAUCUGGUUGUAG